AUGAGUGAUUAUAGCUCACACGACGACGAUCGCCGAGUGGACUCGUGGCGGCAAACCAAGGGCCGUAUAGCGAAGCGACAAAGUAAUUUCCUUGAGACCGUUUUGGAUACGUCAAUCGCGAGCAGCAUGGAGAAGCCGCUAUUCAAGGUCAUUCGAAUGUGGAUCGAUAGCAACACGGGCCUAGACUUGAAGUUCUUGGUCUGGGCCAUUGCUUUAUGCGUCCCCACCCACAAAUAUGGCAGCGCAACAUGCAAAUGGCUGAGCUCAAAUCUCACGAAUUCUGUCGAGCUCGAUCAUCAGGAUGCGCUUGUCACUGACCUUUUGAUAUGGAUCAACAAAUUGGAGACGAUCGAUAUGGAUCCGCGGAAGAAACAGGAGCUUUUGACGGAUCUUCAGGUCUUCUUGGGUGAGGGAACAGAGGAUUACUAUUGGCAAAAUGGAACACUAUACCGAAGAGGUUACAUGUUUUAUGGGCCAGCCGGUACUUGUAAGACAAAUUUGUCUACGGCGAUUGCGAGCCACUACAAUUUUCCACUUUGUGUCAUCGAUUUAGCUGGCAUGGACGACACGGUCCUGCAGGACAAAGUCAAAAACUUGCCACCCCGUUGCGUCAGCUUCUCUGAAAAUAUUGAUGCCGCAGGUAUUGUACGUGAGCGCACAAUGGUGCCGAAGACUGACGUUGGUGACGAAGGCGAUGAAACGAGCUCGGAAUCGGAAUCUACUGACACUUGGGACACGGAGCCUAGUAAGGUCAAAGUUAAAAAGGCGGAUCCAAAAAAGAUGAAUACGUCGCUUUCCCAACCCUCAAGGACAGAGGUCACUCUAAGUGGUCUUUUUAAUACGUUAGAUGGACCUGGAUCACGAGAAGGCCAUAUCGUCAUCGUGACAACGAACGCUCCUGAUUCUUUAAAUGAAGCUUUACAUCGCCCAGGUCUCAUAGAUACUCAAGUGUAUCUCGGCUUUGCAGAUCGGAUCAUCGCUGGUAUAACCUUCACACGCAUCUUUGGCAGCGACAAACAAGUCAAAGAGUCACAGAAAGCAGUCGGAAAGUUGGGCCGAGAAUUCGGGCGAUUGUUACCAUCUGACUUCUUUACUCCUGCAGAGAUUCAAAAGUUUUGUAUGAACAGGCGUGGUCGGCCACAAAAGGCAGUCGAUGAGUUUCCUGGAUACAUCGACGAGAAGCGAACAGGGAAGACCAAGUUCCAAUAUGACAUCCAUCGACGCGCACCGAAACCCACCUUCCAUAAAGAAGGGGUAAUCCAUGACGAUGACAGCAGCGAUGAAGUUGAAUACAGCCCAAGGAAUACCAGGGAUUCUUCCGAAGGCGCACACAAUGCCUUCCCAGCAUUUUCUCGCAUAUCAUCGACAGAGACUUCCGUGAAGCGACCUGCGAAAGAGCAGCUGUUUGUCGCGCAUGGACACGAGCAUGAUGACGACGCUUUGGCGAAGCAGGUUACAGGACUUGGUGAUUCCAGCACUGAGCAUGGGAAAAGCCAGCAUAUGUCCCUAUCCGGUACUUACUGCGAGCCGUAUGGUAUCGAGCCUUGCGUACUCUGCAAGCCUGGCAUUCGACCACGGAGGUUGUCGCGCGAGCACCACAAUCUACGACCAAAUGACAUCGAAGAGACGCAUUUGCCGAACCUCAACUCUUGCACGGGCGUACAGCCGUCGCUUCCUCAAUCCCGCUCGGGUGCAACAUCUCUCGAUGAGUCUCGGUCAACAUUGCCGUCUUCGACAGAACUCACAGAAGCAUCUUCAUACUACACGCCCUUGUCUGUUGGCGAGCAGAUCGAGCGGACUUUCAAGCGCCACCGCCGGCCCAGUCGCCCAGACGUCGCUGGCUGCUGCAAUAUUUAUCCUUAUCACGGGCCUUUACCACGCACCGCUGAGGAAGAUUUUUGGGUAGAUGAGGCAUCGCCCAAGUCUGCUACAGUUUUGCUUCACAAUGUAGACCCGCAGCCAUUGGAAGAUUUCGAGAAGCUCAGGCUGGCAGGACGCGAUGAUGAUGCUGUAGACCAGGGCCGAACAGUGGCGUCUUCAGCAGUGGCGGGGCGAGGCCACGUCGCGACUUACCGACAGGGUCGCAAGCUCGGUCUUACUACCCGACGCUAUAUUGCCCGACUGAAGUCUCAAAUCAUUGCAUACCUACAAAACUGUAGAAGGAACAUGGGAAACAACGCGAGAUAA